ACAAGCACAUAUCAACCUUAAUCAGAGUGAUGACUUCCCGCUGCCCCUACGAUGCCCUGAGGCCCGGAUCCGAACAGGCAAAGCAUAUUGACGACUUCCUUGCCUACCUGGACGAGUGGGAACGUGGAGCAAAAGACGGAGGCUUUGUGAGCCAAAGCACGGCUGAAGGCCUCCGGGUGACUCUCCAGAGCACCAAGAGCCUCCUUCGGUACCUGGUGACUCUUGGGUAUCGCUACAUGAUGACAGCAAGACUCAGUCAAGACUGUAUUGAAAGGCUCUUCGAAAUAAUCCGACAGAGCCUAGGGCCAAACGACCAUCCUACCCCAGCGCAGUUCCUGAUUUUAGUGAACUGCCUAAGUUUUUACAACCUGGCAAAGUCACCGUCUGGAGGGAGCGUCUCUAAGGGAGUGCUGAAUUCCUUGCUAUCUGCAGAGGAUGCCGGAAAGACGGCAAGGGACCAACUCGACGCUUUGCUCGAAGCUGGCAAGCUGGACGACGUGGAAGAAGUCCUCAUAGAAGAUGACCAUGCUAGCUGUUUUGAGGAGACCAGCGACUCUCGGCUGGUUUACUACAUGGCUGGUUACGCAGCUCGCAAGUGCAUCACCAAGAAAGGGGGAUGUGGAGACUGCAAGGUCGCCUGUCUCAGAGAGUCCACACCAACAGCUGCAGACCACGCUGCCUCAUACAUGUGCUCGUUUGACAGGGGUGGACUCCUCUAUGCAACAGACGGGCUCUUUGGGCUCAUCAGCCACCUCGAAAAUGUGUUCACAAGGUGCUUUAGCAAGCGCAAGCUACAUGCAAAUAGCAUUGUUAACAUUCUUAGCUGCGUUGGGGGCAACGUUCCUGGUGUUGGGUGUGAUGAGCACAAAAUGGAGUUGACGAACAGCAUCACACGUUUCUACCUUAUCACACGCCUGCACUUCUAUGUGAAGCAAAAGAACAAGCUGCGAAAUGAGCGAAAGCAAAAACAGCAGCUCUCAAAGAGGGGCAGGUUGCUCUGAAAUGU